AUGCCCAUGCUCAAAGAUCCCUCGACCAAGUAUCGACUUUUCAGGCCCAUCGACUUACCAAAUCGUCAAUGGCCCUCCCAAACCCUCGAUAGACCCCCACGCUGGCUCGCUACAGACCUCAGAGAUGGCAAUCAGUCUUUGGUUGACCCUAUGGGUUCGGAUCAGAAAUGGCGAUACUUCAAGAUGCUAGUGGAACUUGGCUACAAGGAAAUAGAAGUUUCGUUCCCAUCAGCAUCAGAAACAGACUAUGAGUUCACACGUCGCCUGGUGGAUACCCCGGACGUCGUACCGGAUGAUGUAGCUCUACAAGUUCUCAGUCCUUGCCGGGAAGAUCUCAUAAAACGGACCGUCGAAUCUGUCGAGGGUACAAAAACCGCCAUCCUCCAUCUUUAUCUUGCUACCUCGCCAUGUUUUCAGCAGAUAGUCCUGAAUCAUUCCGAGCAGGAUGGCAUCGCUUUGGCUGUUGCGUGUACCAAAUACGCACGUUCGAUAACGAAAGACAAUCCAUCUUCCAAAACUCACUGGCAAUAUGAAUUUUCCCCUGAAACUUUUUCUGAUUCGAACCUCGAUUUUGUUGUGCAGAUUUGCGAAGCUGUUCGAGCCGCGUGGGAACCUUCCGAAUCUAAUCCCAUCAUCUUCAAUCUUCCAGCGACUGUCGAAAUGUCUACUCCAAAUGUCUACGCAGACCAGAUUGAAUAUUUUUGCCGACACAUAACAGAAAGAAAUAAGAUUUGCGUAUCCCUGCAUGCGCAUAAUGACCGUGGCUGUGCUGUUGCAGCUUCUGAACUUGGACAGAUGGCUGGCGCAAAUCGAGUAGAAGGAACUCUUUUUGGUAACGGCGAAAGAACUGGAAAUGUCGAUCUUGUAACUCUGGCUUUGAACCUUUAUUCUCAGGGAAUCCACCCAAAAGUUGAUUUUUCUGACAUUGACUCAGUCAUUGAUGUUGUGGAAGAGAGCAACAACAUACCGGUUAACCCACGUGCUCCGUAUGGAGGAUCGCUCGUCCAGUGCGCUUUUAGUGGCUCACACCAAGACGCGAUUAAGAAAGGGUUCCAAGCGCGAGAAGGGCUUAAGGACGGAGAUCCAUGGCUGAUACCGUACCUCCCCCUCGACCCUCAGGACAUUGGCCGUACAUACGAAGCUGUCAUUCGUGUCAAUUCGCAAAGUGGGAAAGGCGGUGUUGCAUGGAUCAUCCAGAGACUCAUGGAACUCGACCUUCCCCGUGGUCUCCAAAUUGCCUUUUCGAAAGUCGUUCAACAAAGAGCCGACGCCGUUGGGCGAGAAUUGCUGGCUAAGGAAAUUCAAACGCUAUUCCAAGAUACUUACCAUCUCAAGGGCGCCCCUCGCUUCACUCUUGUCGACUACAGCAUUGCACCUGAACGCUCCGUACCGUUCGUCCCAGAAGAAGGCCGCAGUCAGAACACGCAAAACUCGAUGAGAAGAUUCGAAGGUGUGGUGGACUGGGACCGAAAGGAGCACAGGAUCACAGGCCUUGGAAACGGGGCGCUUUCUUCUCUAGCGGACGCCAUGCACAUGCUCGGAAUCGAUCUGGAUGUUGUAAAUUAUAACGAGCAUGCCAUCGGUAAAAAUAAGAACGUCCAGGCGGCCACAUAUAUUGAGUGCACGGCAGCUGGCAGUAAGGAACGGGUGUGGGGUGUGGGCAUCCACGACGAUGUGUUUCAGGCUAGUUUGAAUGCUUUCCUUUCUGCAGCUUCAUCGUUCAUGGACAGUCGACCAAACGGGCCUUUGUCUGUUCCACAAUAG